GAGAAGGUGCCAGGCUGGGACGGAGACCCUAAGACCUGGCACACAUACAGGCGGAAGGCUCUCCAGUACCAGGAGGGCACCAAACGUGAGGACAGGUACCUGUGCGGCGCGAGGCUCGAGGCACGUCUCACGAGCAGGGCCGAGGUCGCGGUCAAGCGCUGCAAGCCCGGCUGGCUCUCCCGGGCAAGCGGGGUCAAGAGGCUCCUAGCGUGGCUCGAGCGCAGGUGCUCGCGCCAAGCGGUCCCUGAUGUCGGCUGUCCAGCAGACGUCCAGGCCAUGGAGAUGGAUCGAGAAGGAGACGAUGAGACCGAGGACUCUCACCACUGGAGUGCUGCAGCUCCUGAUGCUGAGGCGGAGGAGGAGGUGGCCGAAGUGCCAGAGGUCUUUCCAGGGCUCGUCCUCGGCUGGGUGAUGCUCGCGCGCUCUGGCCUCGACUCCCGCCAGAGAUCGGCAAUCCUUACUGCGACCUCAGGGUCGCUCGAUGUCAGCAUCAUGCGCGAGAAGCUGGCAUCAAGCUGGGAGGACGAUGACUUAGCAGAGCGUGAUGGACAGGGCAAGUACCCGAAGGCGUAUGCAGCCCAGCUCGGUGAGGAUGACCGCGCGGGGGAGGACGGCGAGGAGGAUAACAUGGACGCGGGCAGCUUCGUGGCAGGGCAAGGGCCUCCAGGGAUGUACGAUGAGGACCUGGAUCAGGCGGAGGCCAACGAGGACGACAUCGAGACGUACUUGGCGGCCCAUCACGAGGAGGCGGAGGCGCUGGCCGCGAUCCACAGCGCCCGGCGGACUCUCCGCCAGGCUCGCGAGGCACAGGCAGACAGCCACCUGAGCCGAGGCUUCUACCGUGGAGGGCGACCAGCCAACCCUGCCAAGAGAGGUGGCCGAGGAUCUGGCGGAGGAUUCCCAGCGGGGUCGCGCCGGCCGAUGGGCACCCAGUUCGGAGGCAGGGGCCAGCUCGAGCCGCCAAACACGGGCCAGAAGAAGUGCACGAAGUGCGGUGGAGCUCAUUGGCUGCAGGACUGUCCCGACCGCCAUGGCCCACGUCUCAGAGGUGGCCCGACAAGCGCGCCAGACGCGAGCGCGAGGGUGGCCACCUGCAGGAAGGAGCUGAAGUUCAAUCUCGUGGCCGCGAUGGCCGCCGAGCAAGGGUCUGGGGGCUCGCCGUGCGAGGCGAUGUUUGCAGAGCAGGCCAUCCGUGAGGGCAAGGGGAUCGCCGACCUGGGUUGCGCGGGCGCCAUGGGAGGUGCGCGCGCGCUCGACAUCGUUGCCCGCAAAAACAUGGAGAAGUACGGGGAGGCGAGACUCCAGGAGGUGAACCACAACUACCGCCUGGUGUGCAGCAUCGGGAAUGGCGAGAAGGGGCGCGCCUGCGGCCAGGUGAAGUUCGGGAUCGCGGGCGCGGGCGUGCAGGGAGACAUCGCCAUCGACGGCUUCGCGAAGGAUGCCCCGAUCCUCGUGUCCAAGCAGGUGCUGAAGAAACUGGGGGCCAUCGUGGAUUGCGACGCAGGCGUCGCAGUGUUCGUGGAGCUGGCCCCGGGCGCCCCGGUCCAACUCGAGGAGUCGCCAGACAGUGGCCACUACUACAUGAGCCUGGUGGGCGACCUCCUCGAGCAGUGGGUCCAGGGCCCGACCGAGCUGCAGAACUUCAUCGAGAACGGCCGUCACAUCCCUGAGUGGGGCUGGCAGGUAUGCAGCUGCGAGCCAGCGCGAUCUCCAGCAUAUGGGUUGAUCGACACUGUGGAGCUACCGGCGCCGCCAGACCUUCCAUAUCGCUCAUAUUCCCAGCAGUCGCCGGUCGAUGGCAGAGAGAUGCGCUGCGGCGGCUUCCUCCGAGGGGCCAUGCAGCUCGCCUGCGCCCAGACCGCGCGCCAGUGCGACUCGGGCAAGGGCAAUGCAGUGAAGGUGAUCUGCAGCCUUGCCUGGAGCUCGGACGAGCUGAAGCAGAUCAUCAAGGAUGACCUGUCUUCGCGGAACGAGACCGAGGCGCGGGGGGCGGUGGGGGGCAUCAGCUCUAUGGGGAAGGCCGAGCUAAUCGAGGAGGCGACCGAGGUCGGGGCCCACGUCGCGCCGAACAUGACGAGUGCGUCGCUCAAGCUGGCGAUCCGCGAGGCAGUCCGCCGGAAGACCGCGACAGAGCCGACCGACUACGUGGGGUUCGGGAAGCACGGCGCCCUGACGUACCGGCAGGUCCUGAACCAGUACCCGCCCCACGCGGAGUGGGCCAAGAAGGAGGCGAACGCCGAGGGCAGCUGGGAGCUCGCCGGGUUCGUCUCGUGGCUCACAGUGGCGGGGGUUGUCCAACCGGAGACGCAGAUUUCCAGGGGCUACGCGAAUGUCCCAGCGGGGCCGGCCAAGGAGAUGAUGUCAGCGCUGGGCCAGCUCAGCCAGCGGCUAGAGAGAUUCGAGGGGUAG